AUGUCCUAUCCUAAUCUGCCUCCGACGCUCACGCCCCAGAGGCCACUGCCUGGCGCCUAUUUCCAGACUCCUGCCCCAAGCAAUGCUCCGAAUGCGCCGACCUUCUCUUCCAAACCGACUCCUGCCGCCGCAGAACAACCUUCUCCGGCCUCUCUUCCCAAGCUUCCUCCGGCUGCUUCGAAGUCCAAGAGCCAGACUUUGAGCACGGAGGAACGGGCGGCACGAACAGUCAAUGAUACUCUGGCUCAGGAGGCUCGCUACCCUGACUUGGACAGCUACCUUUCCCAAGGAUUUUCGUCCGACUAUGACAUUCCAGCGUCACUGUCAUGGGCCCCCUUUCAGAAAGUGAAGAUGUAUAAUAUCCCUGAUCAAAUUUUUGAUCAGUAUAAUCGUGCUCAGGUCUCUACGAGCAUGGGGCUGUUCGCCGAGUUGAAUCAUGCGUGGGUUGCUAUUGACAAUGCGCUCUACAUUUGGAACUACACACAUCCAAAUCCUCAACUUGUGGGAUUCGAGGAACAGCCGAAUAGUAUCAACACCGUUCGGCUCGCGAAGCCUCGUGCUGGGGUAUUUUUGCCGUCUAUUACUCACCUGCUUGUUAUAUCAACGACGGCCGACAUAAUUCUCCUUGGAAUGGGUUGCGAGACGGCAGCCGGAGGGUCGCGCCAAGUGACAUUAUACCAAACCGGCAUGUCUGUGUCAAUCCGUGGCUUGGACAUUGACGUUGUAGCAUCUUCUGACGCAACUGGCCGUAUCUUUUUCGGGGGCUCGUCAGACAAUGAUGUCUAUGAGCUCAUCUAUCAGCAGGAGGAGAAAUGGUUCCAAGGCCGGUGCUCAAAGGUGAACCACACAAGCUCUCGCCUCUCGGCUCUCACGCCCAGCCUCAGUUUUACUCAGAAAACAUUGGAGAGUGUGGCGCAGAUGGAAAUCGACGACAGCAGGAGACUGCUUUAUACGUUGUCAUCAUCCUCUACAAUAAGGGUUUUCCACAUGAAACCAGAUGGAACAGUUGUCUUGGCAAUUACGAAGCCCGCCCUUGACAUUUACGCUAACAUUGGACAUAUUAUCCCGUCAAAUGAGAGUCUUAAUCCCAAAGUUCGGAUUGUCUCCAUCAGUCCUAUCCCUGCUGCUGAGGCAUCGAGGUAUCAUCUAAUGGCAACCACUGCCACUGGGUAUCGUAUCUAUUUGAGUGCCACUGGAUCUUUUAACUGGACGCCAGCACCAAAUAGUGCUAGUGCACCCACGAGCAUGCAAGCUCACCAUGUGAAGACUCCCCCUUUUGAUACUGUUCCAACUGGUACGGUGGAUCCGGGACUCCAAUCCCAAACGCGCUUUCAGCCUUCAAUAGCGUCGAAGGUUCCCAUACAUUCUCUGGAUCCUACUCGGUUUACUGUGCGGUACCCGCCAGGUUAUUUCUUUUGCUUCACGUGUAAAGACUCAACGCAGAAAACUGACACGCUUUUCGUAUCUUCCCCUGAUUCGGGGCGUGUGGCUAGAUAUCAAGAGAGUGUGCUCCCUGCAAAGGCUGGUGAGACAGCGAUUUGGCUUUCCCUGGGCAGUAGAGCGGAGGACGUCGGUCUAUGCUCGCCAGCCUCCGCAGCGUCCACAACUCCUGGAGGAUUCGGCAAUGAGCUUGCCGUCCAAUUUGACAACCCGGCGGCGGAGGUCGCCAUCUUGACCAACACCGGAAUCCAUGUUAUUCGACGACGGCGCUUGGUUGACAUAUUUGCGGCGCUGGCGCGUGCUGGUGGAGGAGAUGAGGGGCUGGAUGGUGAGGUCAAAAGCUUCAUCCGCACCUACGGCCGGAGUGAGACUCUAGCGACUGCGCUGGCUGUCGCAUGUGGCCAAGGGGUGGAAAUCUCAACAGAUUCGCGACUCACUCAGAUCAACGAUCCCGACGUCUUGGAGUUUGCACGCAAGGUAUUCAUUGAAUACGGAGGAAAGCCGGCGGUGAAUGAAAAUGCGGUUGCGGACAACUCCGCUGCUGCGCUCGAUGCGGUGGUGCCAUCCCCGCGGCACGCGGGAAUCGCUCUCUACCUCUCUAGGCUUUUACGGUCGAUUUGGAAUAAGGAAAUCGCCAAGGUAGCAAGUUCGCCCAAUGGAGCACAGACGAUUUCCGCCUCAGUUGCUGCAGCCAAGUUGCAGAGCGUUCAACGGGAUCUGUCCGCUUUGCAGGACUUUUUCAAAACGAAUAAGAGUUUUAUCGAGGGAUUAAGCGGCCCAGAAGCUCUGGCGCGUGUGUCUACAAAGCAAGAGGAAACAGCGCUGCAAGGAGAGCAUAGAGCUCUCCACUCUCUGGUUCAGUUGGUCUCCCACACAAUCGAAGGCAUUUCGUUUGUUCUGGUUCUAUUUGACGAGCGGGUUGAUGAAAUUGUGGCAACAUUGCCAGAUGAAUCGAAGCAACGUUUCUUGAAGCUUACUUUCGAGGAACUUUUCAGCACCGGAAAAGGACACGACAUUGCAAAGGAACUGGUCAAAGGAAUUGUCAACAGAAAUAUUGCGAAGGGGUCCAACGUAGAAACGGUGGCUGAUGCUCUCAGGCGACGGUGCGGUAGUUUCUGUAGUGCCGAAGAUGUGGUCAUCUUCAAGGCCCAGGAGCUUUUGAAGCGGGCUACUGAAGCCGGCGCAAACUCGGAGUUUGGCCGUAAUCUGCUCAAUGAAAGCCUACAUUUGUUCCAGCAGGUAUCCGAGAGUUUGCCCAUGGAUUACCUUGUCUCUGCAGUUGAAAGCUACAUCUCAAAUCAAUUCUUCGCGGGAGCGAUUCAGCUUUCUCUCCAUGCUGCAGCCCGCUCGGACAAGGCCAAUAUGGCAUUGUCAUGGAUUGUAGACGGACGUCCAGAAGAAGAUUCUCGAAAGGACUAUUUCUACUUCAGGAAGCAGUGCUAUGACCUAGUUUUUAAGGUCGUCAUUGCGGUCGACAGCCUUGUCGCUCAUGAUCCUGGCGUCAUCGAUGGACAACUAACACUCAUUGCCAAACGGAAAAGUGAGGCAUAUGGGGUUAUUACCGAUUCUACUGACGAGGUGUUCUUGACCAGCCUGUAUGACUGGUAUUUGGAGCAGGGUUGGAGCGAUCGUUUGUUGCAAAUUGAUUCUCGAUUCGUGGUCACAUAUCUAAAGCGCAAGUCGACGGACGACAUUUCCCAUGCGGAUCUCCUUUGGAAGUACUAUGCGCAGUCAGAAAGGUUUUUCGAGGCAGCACAGGUCCAGUUUGAGCUUGCACAGAGUGCUUUCACUCUUCCUCUCGCCCGCAGGAUCGAGUACUUGGGACGAGCCAGAGCCAAUGCCUCGACAUUCACAUCUGAUGUGGGGCGCCAGUCGCGGCAGCGAUUAGUACGAGACAUAUCGAAUUUGAUUGAUGUUGCGAAUAUCCAAGAUGAUCUCUUGCAACGCCUGAAGGAUGACAACCGGAUCGAAUCGGCUCGGCGAGCCGAGGUUCUUCGUGAUGUUGACGGUGCGAUUAUGGAUAUCAGCACGCUAUUUAAUCAAUAUGCAGACCCUGCCAGCUACUAUGACAUCUGCCUGCAAAUAUUCUUUGCAGCAGAUUAUCGGGACGCAGGCGACAUCAGAGCUACCUGGCAGCACUUGCUCCAAACCAUUCACGACGAGACGAUCGAAAAGGGCGAAAUACAGCCCUUCGAGGCAGUAAUCGAAAAGGUGCGCAGCCUAGGCAGCCGGUUACGGAUGUCUGAGACGGUAUUCCCCAUCCCAUCCAUCCUGCCCAUGCUCGAGCGGUACGCCCUUGAGCACCAACGUGGCGUGGGUCCGCCAACAUGGGUUAUCGACCUGUUUCUUGAUCUCAGCGUUGCAUACGAAACCAUCUACGCUGUCCUCGAAUCGAUGUUCUACGUUGACGAGGCACCUUUCCACGGCUCGAAUCGGAAAUACAUCGCCAAGGACCUGCUCUAUCUUAUCGAGCGCUGGUUCCAUGAUACCGUGCGGCUCGGAGGAGUUGUCUUUGGCAGUGAUGCGGUUGCCGAGCGCAUUUCCGAAACCCUUGUUCUCCUGCAACAAGGAGGCAUUGCGCCGGAUCAAGUACAACUUGCUCAGGAUCUAGGGAGGAGAAUCGAAGAUGUACUGCGGUAA